AUGGACUACGAUACUGAAGAACCGCUUACAUCGAAUGUUCGUCCUCCCACGGAUUCAUUGCUAACAAUUCGUAUUAUAAAAUCGUUUCCAUACAGAAAUGUUAAGAACCACAUAUUGCCAUCGGUCGACCUAAAGCUGACCACACCUCAGCAAUUGUUAGAGAAAGUGCAAACUGUUAUAAAUACCACUGGUGGAUUGAGGCCAUACAGAAACAUUAUAUACAAUACAGUAAAAGUUUAUUCCAAAGCGCAUGGAUCCAAGUCAAUGAAUUUAGUGAUAAAUUUUGAACAAGAUGAAGAAUUGGUGUUGGUUUGUGAAGACGAGGAUAACCAGAGAGCCGGUACUUCCAAGACUUUAUGGGAUUUAGGCGUAGAAAAUGAGACUGAGUUGAGUGUAUUCAAUUGGGGAGCAUACGUAGAGUUUAAAAAGAAUCCCGAGGAAAAAUGGUAG